ACCGAGUCAACACAUUCACCAGAUUGUGGAAGGGUAGGGCGCAGGGCGGCUGGCCCCCGCAACCAGACAGCGACUCCCCCCCCCAGCUGCACCGACCGGCUGCCGCGACCGAUUAAUGCCUUCGGAGGAGAGUUAGGACUCCGCGGUGUGUUCAGUUGGUUUGACGCUGAUUCAAAGCAACAUAUACAAGCCGACAAGAUGUCAGAUCCCGUGGUGGCCGACACUCGCCGGUUGAACUCCAGGCCCCAGGACCUGAACGACGCCUACGGCCCCCCCAGUAAUUUUCUGGAAAUAGACGUUUACGACCCACAGAUCAACGGACUCGGGCGGAGCCGGUACACAACUUACGAAGUUCGCAUGAAGACAAACCUUCCUAUUUUCAAACUGAAGGAAUCGUGUGUGAGAAGAAGAUACAGCGACUUCGAGUGGUUAAAGAAUGAGCUGGAAAGAGACAGCAAGAUUGUAGUACCGCCUCUGCCGGGCAAAGCCCUGAAGAGACAGUUGCCAUUUCGUGCAGAUGACGGCCUUUUUGACGAGGCUUUCAUUGAGCAGCGGCGAUCGGGCUUGGAGCAGUUCAUCAACAGAAUUGCAGGUCACCCCCUGGCCCAGAACGAGCGCUGUCUUCACAUGUUUCUGCAAGAGGAAAGCAUCGACCGCAACUACAUUCCUGGAAAAGUAUGAAUGAAACAGUACUGACCGCUGCACCUGCCCCCAUGUACAUUUAUUUCUGCAUCACACCAUUAAAGCUGAUGGGAAUGUCAGAACUGAUAAGUAUCUACGGUGUGGGAACAAAAUUGAAAAAAAAAAACACUGCUAACUGCUCCUUGGACAAAACACGAAAAUGAUCCAAUGUAUAAAUUGUUUGAUGUUGUACCUUCAUCCAGUCAUUCCACAAACUUGUAUGUUCAUUACUUUCGAUCCAGUAAUCAUGUCAUUUAUUUUUUAUUUUAUUUUUUUAGCCAUGUUAGAGAUUCUUUUUAGUUAUUUACUUGUUUUCUGAAUGUCUUUAUAUUUGAUCAGGUUUUUUUUUUUUUUUUUUUUAAUUAGUAAGUUACUGCUUUCUUGUGUCUUUUGCUAGCUUAGCAGAGAUGCCAUUUCCACGACAGCCUCCCAAAGUCAAGCGACAUGUAGCAACAUGAAAAGGACAGUCCUCAUUCCAGUCGGAUUCUUCUUCUUCUUUUUCCCUUUUCAGUGUUAAGUUCUGGGAAUGCUCUCGACUCUGCUGUCUCAGUUGCAUCUCCUGCUGACGUCGGCGGGAUCAAUCAGGCAUGUUAGGUUAGGCCAAUAACCAUAUCCAAGCACUGUGACAAGAGGUUCAUAUGAACAAUACUUAAAGCAUCUGGUUUAUUGAUCUUUCAAA